GUGAAUUGGAAAUGGAAGACACCAAAGUAACCGACCAAAGCAGAGCAGCAGGCUAAUGUGAUGAUCCACGAGUGCUGACCAAAUAAAGAGAGAGACGCUUAGUUUCACAAACAAACUGAUUCCCCCAUUCCUAUAGUAUUCCCAAUCACAAUCACAAACUCCGUCCCCGUCCCGAUCCAGGCCAGGCCUCUCUUUCUCUCUUUCUUUUUCGUAAUAUUAAAUUAAAAUAGAUUUGAAAAUUAAAAUAAGAAGGAAGGAAAACCGGGUACCGUCUAGGUUGGUGUACGGGCUAGUUCAUGUUUGAUGGGCGCGAAAGUUGAGAAGUUGCGAUGAAACUGCGCUAAUGCGGCAGGUCCCUUCCUCAGGAAUCACUCCCAUUCGUCUAUUCUCUUCCUUUCUCCCCCUUUCACAAUUUUAGAUUUAGAGAGAGAAACUUCUAUUAAGAGUUCUUUUGUUUUUUAUUUGUAAUAGAGAGAGAGAGAGAGAGAGAGAGAGAGAAUAUGGUUCAGAUCGCUGUUUAUCGUCUUCCUUUUGACCCUCAUUUUCAAGCUUAUUUUACCUUUUGAAAAAUCUCAAUAUCAACUCGCACGAAUUUGAGAGAGAGAGAGAGAGAAGUUGUUUCGUUUAGGGCCAAAUGGCGGAGUUGGUCGCUCGUACUGGUCGUCAAUUGCAGCGAUACAAAGACGGUUGUCGUCUCAUCGCCGGGUGUAUUCCUUUCAGGUAUAGAAACUGUGUUGAAAAUGAUGAUGCCACUUAUGAAAAGGUUGUGGAGGUACUAAUGAUCAACUCAACUAGUGGACCUAAUCUUGUGUUUCCAAAGGGUGGCUGGGAAAACGAUGAAACAGUUGAGCAAGCUGCAGUUCGCGAAGCCGUGGAAGAAGCUGGAGUUAGAGGGGAUUUAAUGCACUUUUUGGGUUACUACAGUUUCAAGAGCAAAACCCUGCAAGAUGAGUUUUGCCCUGAAGGUUUGUGCAGAGCUGCCAUGUUUGCUUUGCUUGUAAAGGAGGAGCUCCAGUCUUGGCCAGAGCAAAGCACUCGACAAAGAAGCUGGCUGACCAUCCCGGAAGCCACAGAGCGUUGCCGGCAUCAGUGGAUGCGAAUGGCCCUCGAGGAAGGUUUCUUGAAAUGGCAUGAAGAUACUUCAAAAGGAGAAAAUAAUCUGAUUUCAUCCAAUUUAUCUCCAGAGCAGGAUUGAUCUCACAUGAGUAUCUUUCAGGAACUGAACUUUAAGUGUUUUUUCAAUUUCAAAGUUAGAUAGGCCAGAUUAAGGAUAUCAAAACAAGUGUUAAUCCUUUUUAGGUGUUUUGCUUUUUGCUGUUCUUUUCUUUUAACGUUUAAUCAUUUUGUUUCGUAAUCAAGUCUAAAAAUGACAGAACUAGAGGUUCAAGAAAUGAGGGAAAAAAAAGCCAAAAAAAAUGAUCUAUUCUUUUGCCUAGAGGUAAGCCA